CUGCUUUAUUAAAUUCCCUAGACGGACUUGAACCAUUUUCUUAACCAUAAUUAAAUCUUCGUUUUUUGUAAUUUAGAUGGGUCUAAUAUUUAAUUAAAGUUCCAAAUUUUUUAUUAUCUUCUGAAUUUGUUAAUAUUUUAAUUUUUCAAUUUAUGGAAUUUUCUAAUUUUUGCUUUCCUUUUUCUUCUCUUUUUCUGCAAACCCAGAAAAUUAAACUAGUUGGGGGGUAGUUUUUCAGACACUCAAAAAACUAGGUUCAGCAGUAUGUUGAAAUCUUUUUUCCUUCUAAGUUAAGCUACACAAAUUUUCCUAUUUUUGUUAUUAUUUUUCUUAAUUUUGUUCAAAUGGUAACCAUAUUUUAGAAAAAAAAUUCUGAUUUUGUUGAUUUCUAGGUUUAAAGGGAAAGAUCUUUGAGUUUUUGAUUUUUUUUUCUAAAAAUUUCUGGGUUUUUUCAGAAAUUUUCAGGUUUUCAGACAAGGGAGUUUUUGCCUAAUUUGUAGCAGUAACUGAGUUGGGUUUUCUGGGUUUGUUUUGUUGUUAUUGAUUGACCUUUUCUGGGCUAAGGGAUUCUGGGUUUUGGGGCAAUUGAUCAUCUUCCAUAUUUUAGUACUGUAAAUGCUGCUUUUCAGCUCAAUACAUGAUCUUCUUCCUGUGUUCUUCAAAUCUUUCAAGGUAGUGUAGCAAAUUUUUCUGGGUUUACCGUAAUUUGUAAUUAGGGUUUUAGGUUUUGUGUUGAAAGAUUGAAACUUUAAUUAGGGUUUUAGGUUUCUGAGAAAAGGGGUUUAUUGUUUGUAUUGAAAGAUUGAGACUUUAAUUAGGGUUUUAGGUUUCUGAGAAAAGGGGCUUAUUGUUUUGUAUUGAAAGAUUAAAACUUUAAUGCAUGGAGGCUUGUAAAGAGGAAAUAAGUAGUUCAGGGGUAACUGUGAAAGGUAAUGAAGGAACUCAAGGUUUCUGUGUAACAGCUAGGGGUGAAAAUAACCCUAUGAGCCAAUUAGGAGCUCCAACAAUGGCAACUGCUACUCCACCAGUUAGUAAUAGUAUGGCAGGUGUAGGAGAAAGAGUACCCACUUUUACUUCUUCUGAUAAGAAGAAAAGAGGUAGGCCUAGGAAGUAUGGGCCUGAUGGUGCUGCUGCUGCUGCGGCCGCAUUGUCGCCUAUGCCGAUUUCGGCUUCAAUUCCUCUUAGUGGAGACUUUUCAGGUUGGAAACAGCCUAGGGCAAGGCCUUUCCAGAAUAUAAAGAAGGCACAUAAAGUGGAAUCUGUCCAGACUGAGAGUUUAGGUGAUCGACUUGCAUAUUUCGUCGGUGCUAAUUUCACGCCCCAUGUGAUCACUGUAAAUGCCGGGGAGGAUAUUGCGAUGAAGGUUCUAUCAUUUUCACAGCAAGAAUCCCGUGCUAUAUGUGUUCUCUCUGCAAGUGGUUCAAUCUCUAAUGUCACCCUCCGCCAGCCUAAUUGUUCCGGUGGCACUCUAACAUAUGAAGGUCGUUUUGAGAUACUUUCAUUGUCUGGAUCAUUUAUGCCUACUGAUAACGCGAUAAUGAAGAGCAGAUCCGGAGGCAUGAGUGUCUCACUAGCAGGUCCUGACGGUCGUGUAUUAGGUGGAGGACUUGCUGGUCUACUCGUUGCUGCUAGCCCCGUUCAGGUGGUGCUGGGGAGUUUCUUACCGGGCCACCAUCAAGAGCAGAAACCCAAGAAGCAGCGGGUCGUCGAACCCGUAACCCCCGCUAUGCCACCACCCAUCGUUAACAACCACCAAGUACCAGACGGCGGAGGUGGUUAUGGAGGAGUACACAACAAGGUAAACUUCACAUCUCCACCACCCCCUUCAUUCCAUACCGAAAACUUGCCUUCGAUGAACUCUAUCCAUCUCGAUCCAAUGGACCUCGAAGCUGACCAUAAUAACGUAUCAACCCCGGAAGGUGAUUCUGAUGAUUUUGAUGAUGAUGAUGAUGAUAGCCUUCAAAUCUAGAGAUUUCUGGCUGAAAAAAAAUCUGACCUUUAGUUUUUUUUCUUUUCACUCACAUCUGUAUUUGUAUUUUCAAUUUAAUGAUCCACAGAUUUACACCUAGGUUUGUUACAAGUAGGUUUUUAGCUUCACAUUAGCUUUGGAUUACUGGUUUAUUAUUAGGACUAAUCAGGAUUUGUAGUUUAGUUUUAGUACAGCUGAUGGUUGCUGUUAAUUAAUUAUCUGAGUGUUUUUAGUUGUCUCUUGUUCUAGGUUUGUUUAGAAACUACAGUUGUAUGUCGUGUAUUCCGAUUUUCGGCCUAAUUCUUCGGUCCAACUUUUGUGGAAUUAAAAUCAUGUUUUCAUAGCCAAAA